GUGGCUUUUCAGUGUGAGACAGAAUCUGCCAUGAAUCCAUCUCCUGCUCCAGCAGGCUGCAGAUCCUGGGGCCAGGCUGGAUAUUCUUUAAGUACAUGAAGGUGCUGCUGUUGAAAGUGGUUUUAUGCUGUCACAGGCACCCAACAAGCGUUGGAUUCCUGGGUGUGUCCUGGAGCCUAAUUCCAGCAGAACUUGCCCUGCUCCCAGGCCUGGCCGCUGCAUCCACAGAUCCAGGGAGACAAAUGGGCAGCUUUUUAGAGGAAAUCCUGGAGCUGUCAGAGCAGGAUGAAUCUGACCCCUCGACAUGGAUGGAACAACCUCCUGCCGACGCCUUCAAGGUUGUGCUGCCCUCAGCCAACGUGGGUCUGCCGGGACACCUCAUCCAGAUCCAGCGCCCCGGACCCGCCUACGUCACCCACACAGGGCCCCUGGUCAGGAGGCUCCUUGAGCAGGACCAGCAGAGAAAAGCUCCAUCCAGGCCCCCUGCACAGACAGAGCCAAACAAGGAGCCUCCAGGAGGUGGUCCUGAGGAGGAUCCCCAGGAGCUGAGCGGAGGCAGCAGCCCUGGGAGCGGGAAGGGCUCCGUGGGGACGCCCCCGGCUCAGAGCCCUUUGACAUCACAGAGCGUUUACAGCAGGGUUAUUUUUGCAAGGAGACCUCCCUCCCGUGUGCUGCCCUGGAGCUCCCUGCUGUGUGCCAGCAGGAAGGAAUGAUCUGCCUGCAACUGGAAGCAAAGAAAAGAAAGAAGAUGCUCUUUUGUGUUUCCCAGAGUCCAUUAAACUAACCCAU